CGAACGCCAGUCGACGCCUCUUCCUUUGUACAUCUCUUUCCUCUUUCUUCCCCUCUUUGUACCUGCCAUGCCCUCUUUUCUAUAACUCCACCCGAUAAUUAUCCCGUCACAACAGAGAUUGACCAUUAUCCGUGGACAGCCGGAGUCGGUCUCUACCCGUAAUGCCUGAGUGGCCUGCCCUUCCCUUCUUUCCAUAUCCUCCUUCAAAGGCUGGGUACUGGAGUCCCGUUACGUCGACCUUGAAUUGGUGCGAGGAGGAUUACUAUGCGACCAUCUACUCCGCCGAGAUUGUCAACGCUCUGACAAACCUUCUGUUCAUGUGGCUUGGAAUCAAAGGGCUACGCAGUUGCAGGCGCAAUGGACAUGAUUCGAUCUUUGAAGUGGCAUACUAUGGUUAUCUCCUAGUUGGAACGGGGAGUUUCCUGUUCCAUUCAACGCUAAAAUAUCCCAUGCAACUUGUCGACGAGCUUUCCAUGAUCUACACCACAUGUUUGAUGUGCUAUGCUUCCUUUUCUUACUCGAGACCGACAAGCGUCCGUGUAUUCUUAGCCAUUGCACUGACCAGUCUGGCCGUCUUCAUCACGCUCUAUUACCACUACCUUCAAGACCCCAUCUUCCAUCAGAAUGCAUAUGCUAUUCUGACCAUUGUCGUCGUCCUGCGGAGUAUGUACACCAUGGAGGUAACCCUUCGCCCUAAGUGGCGACACACCACCGAGGAGGACCGGAUAGCACGCGAGAAACAGGGUCUGCCCGUUCCCUCGAAGGAGCAUCAACAUUACGAGAAUGUGCGAGAUGUCAAGAUUUUGAAGACCAUGUGGUUCAUGGUUAUUUAUGGGCUGAGCAUGUUCCUCGGUGGCUUCCUUAUCUGGAAUCUGGAUAACCACUUUUGCACUAGGAUCCGCGGAUGGCGUCGGGUAGUGGGGCUUCCGUGGGGUAUGCUUCUAGAAGGUCAUGGCUGGUGGCAUCUUAUGACUGGUAUUGGUGCGUACCUCUAUAUUAUCUGGGGCAUUUGGCUGCGCCACUGUUUGAACAACCGUCAGGAAGAAUAUUACCUGUGGUGGCCGCAUUUAUGGAACUUUCCGGAGAUCAUCCGCAUUGGCUCCAAAGACAAGGGCGAAAAUGGCGUGGCCAAGAAAUCAAACUAGGCUAGUAUAACUGUUAUCACUGGCACCAUAUCCUUACUCCGUUUAAGCGAGCAUUGUGGCCAGGAGCUACGGUUGCUUGGCUAUGACCCUGGCAUCUAUGUUUUGUUUAUUCAUUAUAGACAUUGGUUUUGGCCUGGCCAGGACCUUAUUAUUAUAGAGAACAGGAUGAGAAAAAUGAAGAUGAUAUUACACCUCACAGC